AUGACUACUCUGCCAAAGCGUCACACGUAUUAUGGGGGGUCGACCUCUGAAGCGUUUAAUCCAGCUUUGGGUUCGGGAUCUUUUCCUCGACGUAAAAAGAACGUUACAUUUGGCCCGUACAUCGUGGGUUCGACGUUAGGAGAAGGUGAGUUUGGUAAAGUAAAACUUGGCUGGUCCAAAAGUACAGCGUCUGCCAAUGAGGUUCCCAAACAAGUAGCCAUAAAACUCAUCAGAAGAGAUAGCAUUCCCAAGCAUUCCGAGAAAGAAAUCAAAGUUUAUCGCGAAAUUAACGCACUCAAGCACUUGAACCAUCCAAAUAUUGUAAGACUCGAGGAAGUUCUUCAAAACUCGAAGUAUAUUGGCAUUGUGCUCGAGUAUGCGUCCGGUGGCGAGUUCUACAAAUACAUUCAGAAGAAACGCCGGCUGAAAGAGCCUACGGCUUGUCGUCUGUUUGCCCAACUGGUAAGUGGAGUCAAUUACAUGCACUCUAAGGGUCUUGUUCAUAGAGAUUUGAAGUUGGAGAACCUGUUAUUGGACAAGCACGAGAACCUACUCAUAACUGAUUUCGGUUUCGUAAACGAAUUUUCGUUAAAAAAUGAAUUGAUGAAAACCUCUUGUGGAUCUCCUUGCUAUGCGGCCCCAGAACUUGUUAUAACUACCAAUCCUUAUGAAGCUCGAAAAGCCGACAUAUGGUCAUGCGGUGUCAUAAUGUAUGCAAUGUUGGCAGGUUACUUGCCCUGGGACGAUGACGCCGACAAUCCGGAUGGGGAUGAUAUCGCAAAACUCUAUCGCUACAUUACGCGAUCCCCGCUGAAAUUUCCAGAGUAUAUAACACCACUGCCGCGGGAUCUGUUGAGAAAAAUUCUGGUUUCUGAUCCGCGCAAGAGGCUAACAUUAGAGAAAAUUCAAUUGCACGGCUGGUUGCAACCACAUUCGCCAUUUCUUUCGGUCACAGUUGAGGAGUGGGAUCGUACUGUCAGGCAUAAUGAGCUCUUCAGAUUUCCACCUCAAAGAAGGAACGCUGACUCAGUUAGGCCGCGAUCGACUUGCUCGAUAUCGUCAGCAAACUCAAAGGGCGACAAACGCAAUUCCUUAAUAAUGGACUCAAAUCUCUAUCCAGUUCCCGUGCCACCACAAGAAUCGCAGUCUCACGUCAUGGCAAAACCUUCUUCACCCUCGUCAGAGAUGCGGCAGUCGCCCAUUAAAGGUAUGCGCAACCAUAGCAGGAGAAACUCCGCUGCUUCGAUCGCAUUACAAACUGUUGUUGAUGCAGAGAGGGACUUCCAGGCACACCAUGGCUCGUCUGUUGGAUCGCGCUCGACAGCGGCGCUCAACACAGAAAAUUUGUCCCAUUCUUCUUCGUUUUCGUCAAGAUAUUAUUCCCAAUCUCCUACAAAGAGCGCAGGUGCUAAUGGUCUUUCAUUGAGGGAAAGCGUAAUUAUUGAAGUGAGCCCACAAAAGGGCCCGAUAGCACUGAGUUACAAUGGCUAUCAAAGGGAACCUUUUGUUGGAUUAGUUACGUCAACACAUGUUAACAUGUCGCCACCUUUACAGAAUAACGUUAUGAAAAUCCAGAACAUUGCAUCCGCUCACUCAUUGAAGCAUACAAGUGAUCCGUCUCACCAGAGAAAAAUGAGGCCAACUUCAUACCACCCAGUUUCUUACUCACACCAAAGUAAUGUUAAUGAAGCGAAGCUAUCAUCCGACCCUUUGUCAGAUGGUGUACAAAUUGCCUUGGAUGAGACUAUAGAAGGAUCGGGAAAUGCCCGAGAUCGUCGUUCUCUUGGAGAAGACCAGCACCAUAAUACCCCUGGCUUGCCUCGAGGAUCUGAUCCAAGUAGUUUCGUGAAUACAGAGAGUGAGAAGGUGUCAGAUUUACCAAGUCCGGGAACUGAUACCUUGAUGAAUAACUCUGACAUGACAAUUAUGGCCGACGACGUCCAUAAAGCAUCACGGUCGCCUCUAGGUGAUAUUCCAACCAUCAAGAAAAUGAGCGAAAACAAUGCCAGUAUUGUAACGGAUGAGAACAAGACGACCAGCUCUGGCGUUUGUAAAGGUGAAGCGAAGGAAAAAGUACCAGAGCCGAGGCAAUACACUCUUCCUGAGAAACGUGGUCCAAAAAGAUUUAGCAUUCUUUCAUUUUAUUCUAAUUACACCAGCUCAAAGUCGAAUUUGGAGGUAACGUCCGGAGAAAUGGGCGGCAAAACUAGCGCCGAAGAAAAAUCCCGCUCUCAAGCUGGCGUAAAACUUGGUUUCGAAACCAAAGAAAUUCUCGCGGCAAAGGAAAAGACGGCUUCGAGAGCCCCCUCUGCGGAUCAUUCGAGUCAGCGGAGGAUUCCGAGUGGCCCCAAGAACCCUGUAGCGGAAACAACAAGCUCUCGACAGGUCUCUUCGGGCAGCACCUAUCAGGAAUCGAGAACUAAGCGGAACAACCGCAUGUCCGUGGCGGUCUCAUCACUACAACAGCCACAAGUUCGUCCUCGCGAACAAUCGACAGCGAAAAGGGUGAUGGAUUUUUUCAAACGCAGAAGCAUGAGGCUAUGA